CUGAUGCUGAAGCACGCUCGCACAGCCGACAGGUAUAGAUACAGAUUACGUAGGAACAAUUUAUUGGACUCAUUUGCAAAGAAAGCCUGUCUACCUAGCUCUAAUUAACUCCAACUAACGCUUGAUAGGAAAUACAUAGUGAAACAUAACAGGAUGAGGAAGUUAUAAGCCGGUAUAGAACCUGAUUUUGAACACGGACACCGCACCAGACUCAUAUUGCCGAAACUGUAGCCGUAUUUUCCGGCGUCUUGAUUUGGGAACUCGGUACCGCUGAGGAAGGAAUAAACCCGGUAUAUUUGGAACGGAUUGUUUACUAUAGAUACUGUUGAAUGUGUAUGUAUUAGCGGUCUGUGGAGUUCGAUGACUAUGGAGCAAGGGAAGGGCUCUGAAACGGGGACCCCCGUCUAUAUGGACAGUGGGGAUGAAAAUCCUGAUAGCUACAAUAAAAUGAAAUUUCACGCCAGUAAAAUGGACCUUAAUCUACGUAUUUUGAGAGAUCAAAUGACAAAUCUUCGGGAUAGUGGUGACGAGAUUUCCAGGCAGAUGGCAUCAAUGUACAGAAACUUCCAAAAGGUGAAGGACGAGGACCGAGUGAGUGAUGAGGGAGAUGCCGAAGACAGCGGGGAUGAGAACAUGCGUGACCGCAGCUGCGUCGAUACGGAGGAUGACGUCAACCAGAUGACAGACUUGGACGCUGACGAGUCGAGUAUGUCAGGCAGGAUGGGACCACUACCAAAGGGACAGAUCGCCAACCUGCAGCGCAAGAAAGCUGCACAGAACGGACGCGAUCAACCUGCCAAGAAUUUAAAUAGAGGCAAGGGGUAUAAUAACCAGCGAGGCCAAAACAACGUCCCCGGUAUGAACAAUAAGUCUAGAGACAGCAAUGCCAACGAUGUAUCGUCGGAUAUAACCACCACCACGACGAGAAAUCCUGAUGCGCCAUUGAGCGGCAUGGAUGGAGAUGCGGAGGAUAAUUCUGAGGAGGAUACACUGAGUGAGAGUGAAUGCAGUGGAAACUGUCUUUGUUGUUCAUCGAUUGCUUCGUACCAAGGCAUCCCAUGGACUAUCCGUCGGCCUAGUUCUGCUGAGACAACAGAGUACGACAGUGAUAGCUCAGAGUGCAGUGAUUAUGAAGAUGACCGUUACCGAUCUAAGAGAGCUCCUCUUCACGCUCGUCUCAGCCCGUUUUUCCAUCAGGAAUGCAGUCAUUCAGAGAGCAGCUCACCUCUAGAGGAAGAUGUCGACGAGGUGCAAAAAAUGCCAGUCAAGAGGAUGAGUCCUCUAGGAUGUGAAAGUCCAAGUAAAACCGACGCCCUCCCGGAGGCCAAACGAGACAGCAAACCAAAAGCAUCUGCCAAUGGGGCUACAGGUGGCCCGCCAAAACCAGCUCCAAAGCCCGCCAGGAAGCCAGCUCCAUCAGCUGCAACGAAAGCCAAACCAGAAAAAUCAAAAGAACCAGGAAAGCCAGAACGAAAAGAAAAAAAGGACAAGGUACAAAAGCAAGAAGUUAGCUUAUCGGAAGCCGUGGCACUCGGGGCUGUGGCAAGGUCAGAAAAAUCUGCAGAAAAAUCUAGGAAGAAAAGUGAAGAUAACACCGAAUCCAGCAAGCAAAAAAGCAGGCACGUCUCGAAAACAGCAAUAGUAUUGCUUGACCCUGAGGCAGAAUUUAAAGAUGGGGAAACUAUCAAAAAGAGAUCAAAUUUCCUUCCUCAGCAACAGCCAAUCGAAAUUCCAUUGUCUUACGUUGAUAAGAAUGGUAGAAUCACUCUGACACCAGAUCCCAAGCUUGCUCCAGAGGCAUACAAAGCAGGAAAGACCAUUACAUUCAAGGUUAGGGCUGCAAGUAGUAAUAAUGCACCAUCUACUCCAGAUGGGUCUAUGAUCUUUACUCCAACCUCACCAGGGACCAAGCCUACCUUCGAUAACCCACCACCAAUGUCACAGCCAGUGGGGAGACCAUUACUUGGCAAGACCGUCCUGAGGGUCGGAUCCACAGAGUCACCACCGGUUAGUCUGUCAGCAGGAGAGAUAGGCCACGAACACCAGAUCCAGGUGAGUCCUGAAGGAAUCAUCCGACUCAGCAAGCGAACACCCGUUCCCAUGCAAGUUUUCCUGCCACAAUUUCAGCAACAGCAGUCCCAACAGCAGCAGCCAGCCACCAUCAGGCUAACCAGCGGUGGAGCUACCGCUGGUGGAGAUAGUUCGUGUCCCAGUUGCCAUCGGAAGUCCAAUCCUGGGUUGGUACAACAGCAUAGUCAGCCUUCUUCAAAUGUGGCAAGCAAUGUCAGAGUGAUUCGCAUGUCACCCGGUAUCACACCCUCACCGGUCCAGCCUGUCCAACCCGUCCAGCCUCAACAACAGAGCCGUGUCCAGGUCAUACAACGACAAAACUCCAUGGGUUCUCCAAUGGGAUCUCCACCCGUGGAAGGCCAACAUGUCAUCAUUCAACAGCAGUCAAACCAAGCACCUCAGAGGCAUGGUCAGCACAUAGUUAUCAAAAGACAGGAUUCAGGAAAUCUCCAGUUCCAGGUGCGACCGGAGCAACAGAUGCAGCAACAGAUGCAGCCACAGAUGCAGCCACAGAUGCAGCAACAAGUGGGAUAUCAACAGCAGAUCUACCCGCAGCAAGGCUACACUCAACAAACCAGAUAUCCACAGGAGGUCUAUCAACAGCAGCAAAGCUACUCACAGCCGGGCUAUUCUAGUCCUCACAUUCAAUUACAAAGUGAUAGCAUCUCAAUUCCGAUCCAUCAAGGAAACCCAACCUAUCAAGGAAACCCGACCUAUCAGCGCCAGAUAAUACAACAGCCUGGUCCUCCUCAACAGGUCCAACAGCAGGUCCAGCAGGUCCAAACACCAGGCAGCUCUGGGGUGACCACCAUCAGGUUCGGAGAUGGAGCCCCGAUCAAGGUGACACCGGGACAAGGAAUGCGGUUCGUCAUUAAUCCAAAGUGAGGUAUAUUAUCAUGUGAAUUUAUGAAUAUUGGGGAAAGAGCUCAAUGUACACAUGCUCAUUGUGAAAUGACAUCUUGACAACAUCUAAAGAAAAUGUACUGUUAAACAUCAGAAUGAUAUGCUUUUGGUUGCAUGAUAUUGCCCUGAGCUUCGUGGUUCGUUAUCCAUGUUUUGCCACGGCUAUCUCUCGUGGUUAGCCGGAGAUCAAACCAAAUAUAAAGAUAACGUAACUAUCAUGACGAAAACAAAAGUAAAUGCAAACGGUAUGUCUGUUACCAGUGCUCCUAAAAUGGUCAAAAAUAUACUUAUGAAGUUAGGGUGAACAUUUAUGUUGAUUGUAAUGUAGCCCAUGCUAGGGGCUAUGUAUUCAAAUGGGUAAUUCUUCUAGCGAUCAAUUAUGGCAUAAAAACAACAUCACCUCGGUUGCUUUGGAAUUGGCUCUAUAAGAAUGCGAAGAUUUCUUCUCCAGUUAUUAAUGGGUCGUUUAAACGAAAGUAGUAAAUAGUUAAGAUAGAGGUGUAAAAAAAAACAAUGAUCUAAAUUUUCAGCAAUAAGAUUGGCAUUCCAACGUUCUGAUUUCAACUUGCUAAUGUGCCUUGUGACAUACUUUUCGUAUAAUCAACCAUACGAACCUUCAAACUUGUAUUUAGUAUCAACUAAAAUCGGAAGCUAGCCAUUCACGGUACGCACGGACCGUGGAAGUUUGACGUGGUUAAUGAACUUCAAGAAGCCACAAGGAUAGUUAGCUCCUGGCUUGUCCGUUUUUGAAUAAUUUUGAAUGUCUUCAAUCAUUAUCUCAACUCAACGAAACUCAUAUCACUAACAUUUAUAUAUACGAAUAUAAAGACGAAACUGAUGGUUGUCCGUUUUAUUUUGAGCAAAAAUUGUUAUCGAAAAAAAAAACACGAUCUGUAGGAUAUCGGAUUCGUCAACCUAAACAUGAACAGAAAUCCAAAAAGAAUCUUGCAAAAUAAGAAUCAGUGGUUAGACGGUUUGCUUGAUCUCUUAACAUCAACAAGUCAAGCAGAGAGAGUCGCGUAAAAUUGAUCAUAAUUAUAUUUCGAUCAAAACAAUCACUAUAUUCUAGACACCUUUCAUACUUUGUGGAAAGUAUGGAGCGGCUUUGCAUUAUGAACAAAGUUUUGUGUUCAUAAAUGUGAAAGUCCUAAAUCCCAUGUCACACAGCCAAGCGGACGCAAAACCGACCGAUUACCAACAAAAACUUUGGCCAGUGGAGGUGAUGUUUUUUGUUUUUUUGGUUUAUUGUUGGUCUGUUGUCGGCCUCCUUAGUUUACUGCGAUGCAGUGUAUUACAUACUUUCAUAAGUUAUUUACCCCAAAACAAAACAAAAACAAACAUUGAAUUGUGCUACUAUGUGAUAUAAAGUGUGUUUUUCAUUUUGAUAUUGAGGACAAAUAAGUCUUCUUCAAAAGUAUUGUACAUUAAGAAUAUGAUGGAUUUGUAUUUCAUCCAUUUUGCUUGUAUAAUUUGAAUGAUUGUAAUGUGGUAACGAGCCUUAUAUUUAUUCCUUAAAGAUGUGUGAUUGUAUAGUGCGUUAGUGCCAUACUAAACGCUCCUUUGAAUAUAGGCCUACAAAUAAUGUACAAUUGAAUAGUUUACCGAGGAAUGAGAACUUGUAAUUAUGUAAUAAAAUAGAACUAUUGUAACGUUUAAUUGAAUUAAUAGCAACGAUAGCAAGAACAAUAAAAUAGGCAAACAAAUUUGAAUAUUGGGAAGUUUUAAGCAUGUAUAAAAGGAGGUUAGCAAUAUAAAGGAAGUGUACAUACGAUAUUAGUUGUAAAGUAAAUGGAUGGAUGAGGUCUGUGCAAUUUUAUCGAAAUUCCUGGUUUUGUAAGAUAUUGAUACGAAAUUACAAAAGAACCGAUUUUAGGAAGGUUUUUGAUAACUGUGCUAUAAUGAGAAGGAGUAUAAUGCUAAGUCGAUCGUAGGGAUGGUAGAAAAUGACCAUUAUCAAAGUUCUAAAGCUGCUAGCAAAGUCACGUGUAAACCUAUAUGAAAUAACCGUUAAAAAAAGAGGUACAUAUUGUAAAGAGGGGAACGGAUGUGAAUGUGGCAACAUCAAUAGACCAAGACAAACGGAAAAGCUAUUAUGCUGGAAGAGAUUGAACAAUAUAAUCUGGUGUAGAAUUGUUUUCUCUUGGCAUUCAGUUUAUCUCUUAAUAAUCCUGUAGAAAACACGUACAAACGGGAAGCUCUACUCCUUACUCCUGAAAAGGGCUGGCUCUUUUCAAGAAUUUGUUGGGGUAAGAUUUAAGUUUUUGGCAAAUGCUUUGUAAAUUCGUCCAUUUUGUCGUCGAAAGUACUUUGAUGGUUAUAGGUAUUAACUGUACAACCUUUAUGUUUCGCUAUCUGAUAAGGAUGUGAUGAUAUACUAAGUAGUUUACACUCUAUUCAACUAUAUAUUAUGAUCGCAAUUUUUCUUCUUCGUUUUUUGAAAUGUUUUUGCUGUUUUUACGUAUUUAUCUACAACUUUAAUUUUUUUCAUCAUCUGGUUAUAUCCUUUCACAUUUUAAGGUUUUCUGUUCCACCGAAUUCUGUGAUCUCUGAUUCCUAUUCUUCUGCAUAAUAAUAUUGUCCGGUUUCGUACACGUUUCUGUUUACAUACGCAACUGUUUUAUUGUUAUUUUUUAACCAUGUAAUGGUAUUGGUUUAUUAAAGCUGCUUUUUGAAAAUGAAAGAAAAAGAUAUAACUACUUGUAGAGUACGUAAUAAUGAUUAUCUGUACUAGGUUAUUGUUCUACUGGUAGGUGAUAGUUGAUUCUCUAUACUAUUUAUAUAUGGUGUUUCUUGAAUUAUACUUUCUCGCAGUAAGUAAAUCGUGAAUAUUAAAGACGUUCCAAUGUAGAUAAUAGGUUUUAUGAUCUAUAUAAAAAAAAGAAGAUAACUAGGAAAAUGACAAAUGACAAUGAAAUUCAUGUCUUUCUGUUUGUACAUUGGCUAGGUAUAAAUUGUGUCAUCAUGUAACAAUUUGAUGGAUCAUGAUUGUUAGGAGACUGGUGUGUAAAUUCAUAGUAAUUUGAUGAAAUGUGAUGAAAUUACUCCUAUAUAAAAGAAAAAGACUGACAGAAAACAAAAAAGGAGAGGAAACGUAAUGUGUACAUGUAUUUAGAUGUGUAUAUCAAGAGGUGCCUUAAUUUUGAAAGUGAAAAAAGAUUUGUUUUCUACAGAAUACACAUAAAUGUAAAAAAUGUAAGUUUGAUACAUGUACCAGUAUUUAUUUUGCAAUAUGUAGAGUCUGUCUUUGAUAUUGUGUAGCUCUAAUCAAGUCAUUUUGGAAUAAAUUAAUAAACAUUUCUAAAUUAUUACAAACACGAGGAAGAAAGCUCAUGCGAAUUUAAAACAAUUUAAGAUGACGUGGUGAUUGUAGUUAUCAUAUUUUAUUUUAACUAAUGUGUCUCACCAUGGUAAUGAAUUCUUAGUGAUCUAAUAAUCUUCAGUUUAUUGCUUUUAAAAUAAGAAUUAUGUUUGCAAACUUUAAUUUGUUCUGAAGUACACAUCAUAAUGAGGGAGGGGUGAAACAUGAAACUAGAAAGACAUUUAUGAUAAUUUUGUUGCUAUAGAAUUUCAAAUACAAUGUUUGUAACUUAAUGCUUCCAUGUUUGACAAUGAUAACAAAAUAAACAACUCCUGUGUAACUCCGUAUGCAGUGUUUCAACAGA